UAUUUAUUAUUUUAAUUUUUUUAAUCAGAAUAUUACUAAGUUGGUAAUUUAUUUCAGUUUCUUUUUUCCUUUAUCAUUCCAAAACAACUGGUCUUAUCUCGCCUUACAGAAGAGCUGGAAUACUUAUAGUUCUUUUAAGACCGUCUGUUUUUGUACGAGGUUUCAGUUGCGCAUUACAUUUAAUUUUAGUCUGAACACUAUACAAAACUUUCAUAAGCCUGUAGUUUAUUGUUAAUUAUUUAAAAAUAUUUUAGUAUUCUAUAUUAACGUCACGGUUGAAAUUCAUCCACAAGAGUAUGGCUGUACGGAGAGCAAGUCACGCUGGAAGCUGGUACGCCGAAUCAGCCAAGGAGCUCAAUAAUCAGUUGGAAAAUUGGUUGGGGGCCGCCGAUCUCACACAUGGACCUGCCAGAGCUAUAAUAGCUCCUCAUGCCGGUUACCAGUAUUGCGGUGCUUGCGCUGCAUUCGCAUACCGCCAGAUUAGUCCGUUUGUUGUGCAACGCAUUUUCAUACUAGGACCAUCACACAAUGUCCGUCUGUCUGGGUGUGCCUUGUCAACUGCUGAUAAGUAUAGAACACCAUUUUAUGAUUUACAAAUCGACAAUCAGGUAUAUGACGAGUUAGAGUCUACUGGUAAGUUUGAACGAAUGAGUAUGAAAGUGGAUGAAGACGAACAUAGUAUAGAAAUGCAACUGCCAUACAUCGCCAAAGUGAUGCAGGACUACAAAAAUAAAUUUACUAUUGUGCCUAUUAUGGUUGGAUCGUUGAGUACUGAAAAAGAAAAUCUUUAUGGACAAAUAUUUGCUCCAUAUUUAGCUGAUCCAAAGAAUCUAUUUAUUAUAUCUUCAGACUUUUGUCAUUGGGGACAAAGGUUUCGUUACACGUUCUAUGAAAAGUCUUGGGGUCCAAUUCAUCAGUCAAUUAAAACUUUGGAUCAUAAGGGCAUGGAUAUUAUAGAAACUCUAGAACCAGCAGCGUUUGUUGAAUACUUAAAAACUUUUUCAAACACUAUCUGUGGUAGACAUCCCAUCAGUGUUUUAUUGCAAGCGGCUAAGCAAUUGCGUACUCAAAAAUUGUCGCUCAAGUUUUUAAAGUACGCCCAAUCUGGCCAAUGUUACCAUUUGGGAGAUUCAUCAGUUAGUUAUGCAUCUGCAUCUCUCAUAGUUGAAUAGCAAAACAGUACUUCAAAGUGAAUCUUUUUUAAUUCACAUUUUUUUAAAAUUAAGUUAAUAUGUUUAGAAAAAAUAUACUUAGUAUGUUAAGAUUGAAAACCAAAAUGGUAGUAAGUU